GGCGGUUCCGCAUGCGCGGUGGAGUUGAGCGAAGCGCACGCUGAGGUUCGGCGGCUGGUGCGGCUGGAUCAAGUCCGAUCUCUGCGAUUGGAAGGCGCGACGCAGGACCCCGGUGUGGGAUUCACACGCAUACUUCAGAAUGCCAGGUCUAAGUUGUAGAUUUUAUCAACACAAAUUUCCUGAGGUGGAAGAUGUAGUGAUGGUGAAUGUAAGAUCCAUUGCUGAAAUGGGGGCUUAUGUCAGCUUGUUGGAAUACAACAACAUUGAAGGCAUGAUUCUUCUCAGUGAAUUAUCCAGGAGGCGCAUUCGUUCCAUAAACAAACUCAUCCGAAUCGGCAGGAAUGAAUGUGUGGUUGUCAUUAGAGUGGACAAAGAAAAAGGAUAUAUUGAUUUGUCCAAAAGAAGAGUUUCUCCGGAGGAGGCAAUCAAAUGUGAAGACAAAUUCACAAAAUCUAAAACUGUAUAUAGCAUUCUUCGUCAUGUUGCUGAGGUGUUAGAAUACACCAAGGAUGAGCAACUGGAAAGCCUGUUCCAGAGAACUGCGUGGGUCUUUGAUGAUAAGUACAAGAGACCUGGAUACGGUGCCUACGAUGCAUUUAAACAUGCAGUAUCAGACCCAUCUAUUUUGGAUAGUUUAGAUUUGAAUGAAGAUGAACGGGAAGUACUCAUUAAUAAUAUUAAUAGGCGUUUGACCCCACAGGCUGUGAAAAUUCGAGCAGAUAUUGAAGUGGCGUGUUAUGGUUAUGAAGGCAUUGAUGCUGUGAAAGAAGCCCUGAGAGCAGGUUUGAAUUGUUCUACGGAAACCAUGCCCAUCAAAAUUAAUCUAAUAGCUCCUCCUCGAUACGUGAUGACUACAACAACCCUAGAGAGAACAGAAGGUCUCUCUGUCCUCAAUCAAGCUAUGGCUGUUAUCAAAGAGAAGAUCGAGGAAAAGAGGGGAGUGUUUAAUGUUCAAAUGGAGCCCAAAGUGGUCACAGAUACAGAUGAGACUGAACUUGCAAGGCAGCUGGAGAGGCUCGAGAGAGAAAAUGCCGAAGUGGAUGGAGAUGAUGAUGCAGAAGAAAUGGAAGCCAAAGCUGAAGAUUAACUCUGUGGGAAAUAGUCCAGCCCUUCCUGGCUGCAAACCCUAGACUUGAAAGUUUUCCAGUAUUGAAAACUUCAAAGCUGAAUUUUUUUAUUUCCGAGUAUUUAAAUUUUCCAACAGACCAGAACAUAUGAAAUGCCCUCCUAUUUGUCUGCUGUUUUCACACAGUACCUCCAACAGAUUGAGCGUUUUUUAAGGGAGCGGCCUAAUUUCACUAGAGACAAACCUUUAAGCUGAGAACAGUCCUAAAAUUGGGCUUGUGAUUUCCAUUUCUGAUGUCUCCAAAUCGGCACCCCUUUGUAAUUCAGUGCCUCCAUGUGAUUUUCCGGGGACACCGAGAGUAAAUGAUAAUAAUCCCAACCUUUCUAUAUAAAAUGUAUUCAAGCAAACAUGAAAUAAAUUUCUGGGAUAUUUAA